AACGGAAAAGUACAGUGCUGCUCUCUAGUAGUAUAUACUGUAUGCAAUACGAUCUAAACUACUUGAAUCUGUUUUGACGUAUUUUGCGCGUUCUUUGUUCUUAUUUCUCGUAAUAAAUAAAAAAAUAUUUGUUUUCAAGAUGACUAUGGCUAUGCUUCAACGAAGAGCUAACGUAAGGUUACCUCCAGAAGUAAACAGAGUGUUGUAUAUAAGAAAUUUGCCAUACAAAAUUACUGCCGAAGAAAUGUAUGAUAUUUUUGGCAAAUAUGGAGCUAUUAGACAAAUUAGAGUGGGCAAUACUGCUGAAACUAGGGGAACAGCAUUUGUUGUUUACGAAGAUAUAUUUGAUGCAAAGAAUGCUUGUGAUCAUUUAAGUGGAUUUAAUGUUUGUAAUAGAUAUUUAGUAGUUUUAUAUUAUCAAAGUAAUAAAGCAUUUAAACGAGUUGAUGUAGAUAAGAAAAUGGAAGAAAUAGAUAAGUUAAAAACAAAAUAUAAUUUGAAUGAAGAAAAAAAAUAACAUAAUUCUUCAUCAAAAUGCAGAAACAGUUCAUUUUGUAAUGCAAACUUUUUAUUUAUUUAAAAAAAUUUUUCUUUAGAUUUUAUCAUUAUAAAAUAAGUAUAUGUAAAUAAUACAAAUAAUAAUUCAAUAAAUAAUUUCAUUUAUAUUCA